AUGGAAAUAAAUCACAGCAAACAGUACUCGACAGCCGAAGAGGAAGAGCAGAGAAAAGUGAAUUUUUUGCAAACAUUACAAACAAUUGCAAAACACAAUGAAUUGUUUAACAGUGGACUCGAGUCCUAUGAAAUGGGUGUCAAUCAGUUUGCAGACUUGACUGACGCCGAAUACAAGUCCAUGUUCUCAAUGCCCGACCCAACGGUGCAAAAGCCAGCGCUGGCCGAGCCAUACAUCGCCGACCCGGAGUCCCUCUCAUCGGUUCCCAAGAGUUUUGAUUGGAGACAAUCGGGAAAAGUGACUCCCGUUAGGAACCAAGGUUCUUGUGGCUCAUGCUGGGCAUUCAGUGUUAUCGCGGCCAUAGAAUCUGCCUACGCUAUCAAGAAAAACAAACCUGGUAUAAACUUGUCUGAGGAGCAACUGGUCGACUGUAUGAACAGCAAAUGUGGCGGACAAUUGAUAACCAAAGGGUUUGAUUACGUGAAAGCGCACGGAGUCGAGAAUGAGGGCCAAUACCCAUACAAAGCCGGCUCCGGACACUACGGCAAGUGCACGGAAAAAGCAUCGGCCCCUCACACACACAUCAAGGGCUACAAGGGUUUGGGUCACGCCUCGGGUCCCAAUUUGGCCACCGAUGGCCAGAUAAUGGCCGCCAUUCAGGCCAACGGUCCGCUGUCUAUGCAGUUCAACGCCGCCGGCAAUGACUUUCGUAACUAUAAGUCCGGCGUUAUUACCAGUAAUGACAUGAGUUGGUCGGCCGCACACGCGGUGCUGCUCAUUGGUUGGGGCACUGAAGGCGGGCACGACUAUUGGCUGUUUAAAAAUAGUUGGGGCACCGCGUGGGGCGCCAAGGGCUAUUUCAAAAUGGCCCGUGGUCAUAAUUUGAGACACAUUAAUGAGUUUUUGUAUAUCCCGACGCUAUAA